GUAGGAGCCUCUGACCACCACAGCUGCUGGUCUUCACGUGACCUCACGGUGUGCUAUUUGUGGCCCGAGCUUUGAAUGAGUUAGUUGCCACAAAGGCAUGCAACUCCUGCUACAGGCGGACACGGGUUUGACCACCUCCCCUUGCUUGUAUUUAUUACGAGUUGAGAGAGAAGACGGCUCCAUCAAAGGUUUUACUUUACAAAUCCUCAUUGUGUUUGACACCUGGAGGAGAUGCUGAACUGAAAGCAGAGCUCAGAGAAAAGAAUCGCAGGACUUUAUUCGUAUUCUGGGGAUUUCCUUGCUCUGAUAUUUUGAGUUGGUCAUUGGCACUACCGUGAAGAGCUUGUGUCUGUGUGUUUGUGUGCGUGUGUGUGUGCUUGUGUGUGUCUGAGUGCUUAAAGAAAUCAACAUGGUCCUUGCCCACCUAAAAGUAUUUGGAAAGCAGCUUUUGCGAGUGAAGGUGGUCGACUGCAGCACAGAAGAGUCUCGGCUUUCCCGAUGUCUCAACACCUUUGACCUGGUAGCACUCGGAGUGGGCAGCACAUUGGGCGCUGGCGUCUAUGUGCUGGCUGGGGCCGUGGCGCGGGAAAACGCCGGUCCGGCAAUCGUACUGUCCUUUCUGAUUGCAGCAUUGGCCUCAGUUAUGGCUGGACUGUGUUACGCUGAGUUCGGAGCACGUGUACCCAGGACGGGCUCUGCGUAUCUGUACAGCUAUGUGACAGUGGGCGAGCUGUGGGCCUUCAUCACCGGCUGGAACCUCAUCCUGUCUUAUAUCAUAGGAACAUCCAGCGUUGCUCGAGCAUGGAGCGCGACCUUUGAUGAGCUCAUUGGGAAACAUAUAGAGAGCUUCUGUAAGCUACACAUGAAUAUGAAGGCCCCGGGAGUGCUAGCGGAGUAUCCGGACAUGUUUGCAGUGCUCAUCAUCCUCCUGCUAACAGGUUUGUUGGCGUUUGGGGUGAAGGAGUCCGCUUUGGUCAAUAAGGUGUUCACCUGCAUCAAUGUUCUGGUCCUGAUGUUUGUGGUGGUGUCGGGCCUCAUCAAAGGAACCCUCAAAAACUGGAACCUGGAUCCUAAAGAGAUCCUCAACCACACAUACUCUUCAAAUACAUCGGAGGAGCUGCCGUCUGAAGAGAGUCUGGGUGUUGGUGGUUUCAUGCCGUUCGGCUUCUCUGGAGUUCUGUCUGGUGCUGCGACCUGUUUCUAUGCCUUUGUUGGGUUUGAUUGUAUCGCCACGACAGGUGAGGAGGUGAAGAAUCCUCAGAGGGCGAUACCCAUUGGAAUUGUAGCAUCACUUCUCAUCUGUUUCGUCGCUUACUUCGGUGUAUCAGCUGCCCUCACGUUGAUGAUGCCAUACUACAUGCUGGAUAACAACAGCCCUCUGCCCGUGGCCUUCAAAUAUGUGGGCUGGGAAGGGGCGAAUUAUGCAGUAGCUAUUGGUUCACUUUGUGCUUUAUCCACCAGUUUGUUGGGCUCCAUGUUCCCAAUGCCCCGUGUAAUAUGGGCCAUGGCUGAAGAUGGGCUGCUCUUCAAGUUCUUGGCCAACAUCAGUGAAAAAUCCAAAACGCCCAUAAUGGCCACUAUAACAUCAGGCAUAGUGGCAGCGGUGAUGGCGUUCCUGUUUGAGCUGAAAGAUCUGGUUGAUCUCAUGUCCAUUGGCACUCUUCUGGCUUACACACUAGUUGCGGCCUGUGUCUUAGUCUUGAGAUACCAACCAGAGCAGCCCAGUGUGAAUGUCCAGUAUCAGAUCGCCAGUUGUCAGGAGGAAACAGAGGCUGAUUCCAUCAACUACAGCAAUGCUGGUUUUGUGCCUGGAUCUCAAGAUAUCUGCACCUUCAGCAACCUUCUGUUCCCCAAAAACGAGGAGCCCUCUCGUCUCUCUGGCUUCACUGUCAACAUCUGCACGAGUGUAUUAGGUGUCCUGGUGUGUGUGUUCUGUGUCGUGGCGGUUCAGGGUGGAUUUCAGGUCUGGGUUUUUGCGGUUCUUGCUGCUCUGGCUGUAGUUUGCUUCAUCGUCACCGUGUUAAUAUGGCGGCAACCUGAGAGCAAGACUAAACUGUCUUUCAAGGUUCCUCUGCUGCCGUUCCUCCCUGUCCUCAGCAUGUUCAUUAACGUGUACCUGAUGAUGCAGCUGGACAGAGGCACCUGGAUGCGUUUCGCCAUUUGGAUGGGCAUAGGUUUUGUUAUUUAUUUUGGCUAUGGGAUGUGGCACAGCACAGAGGCAGCUUUGGCCCGUAACGACAUAGAAGACAACAACACCAUUUUCAAACUGACAAACGAACCUGCCACACCUGAGAAAGAGGCUUUCUUGAGCAACGGGAUCAGUGCCAACGCAGAAGAGAGCAGUGACCCUUGAGAAUGCACUUCAAAUGACCUGUUGUGUGUUCGCUAUACCGAUACAUGUGACUUACGACAACCAAAACGUCCGAACACAGAGCUGCUAUUGACAUUCAAGAUGCUUCUCUUUUGAAAAACACCUUUAUGUGUUACUGUAGGUCUAAAGCACCUUUAAGCAGCAUUGCAACGUGAUGAAUUCUGUUUAUCAGAUGAAAUGCCUGUCAUUCAGGAAAAAAAGUGAAGGACAGCAUUAAUGAUUGUGUUCAUAGGGAUGUACACUGCACUGUUAGAACAAGUGGUUAUUCUGCAGUCGGGUUGGUUUAUUUUUUACCUAUUUAUUUUUUGUAGCAUGUCGGUAUCAUGCUUUUUAAAACACAGACAUAUCGCAUUGUUACCCAUAAUGUGUGGUUUGCAUUUGUAUGUUGAAUUCUAGGGAUGCACCGAUAUAAAAUUGCCUUGGUUACAUAGUGUUUUAAAGCAAGGAAGCAGAAAAAAACUGGCAAUUACACAACUUGACAAGAAAUUUCUCUAUUAAUUGUACUUUUUAUUAACAUUUCACAUAUUUAUUUAGCUGACUUGAGGUGCGUUAAAUCAAUUUCUCUGUGUGAGGUUUUUUUGUGUGCUGCAAAUCAAGCCAGUUGUUUUUUUCCCCUCUGCGUAAGUCUGUAACUGUCCAGUGCCUUUUCCCACCCUUUUUGAUUAAUAGUGCUGAUGUUUACUUGCACUGAAAAUGACUUUUAGCAGCUUGAUCUCAGUCUAGUGCCAUUUUUCAGACUUUUAUGAGACUGUUGCCAAGCCCUUGGGUGGGGAAAAAAGACCAAGUCAUGGAUCUGGGAAAAAUCUCUAUUCAGAGGGAAUGUAAUGCCAGUUUGUUUGGCCCAUUUCCUUUUCAUUCAGCUGUUGUGUGCAUGUUCAUUCUCUGUUAGCUUUUUAACACUUGCAUCUGGUGUUGGGCGAAAUAUUUUUGUACAGUAUUUUUUGAUUUAUUUUUUUUAUUUUUUUUGUAUUAUACUUUAUUGUCCAUAUUUUAGUCGGCUAAUUUGUACAGAACCAAAAACAAGCCAAAGAAUUCAAUAUUUUUGAUUGUUUUAUGAAUAGCAUUUUGCAUUAAAAACCACAACACAACAGAUUUGCAGAAACAUUGCGUUACAGUACAUUUUCUGCAGUGUAUUGUAAGUAAUUGAAAAAUAUAUAUAUUUGUUUGUUCAUGUCAAGAAAUUAAGGGAACUGUACAUUUUUUUGUUUUUGUUUUUUUGUAAAUAUUUGGUGUUUUUCUGCAAUAAAUUAUUGUUUGUAAAGAAUGUUUCUCAUA